UUUUUGCUUUUAAAUACAAUCAAGUCCAUCAAAUCGCCAACAGAAAAAAAGAAAGCAAGGAAGAAAUAAAUAAAAAAAACAAAAGAAAGCAUCUGAUAAUGAAGGAUCUUCAUUUCCACAUCUUCCUAGUCACCAUGACGGUCAUUGCAUCCAUCUCCGCGGCAACACCGACGGCUCCUGCGGCCGGAGGAGCAUUGUCGGACGAAUGUAACCAAGAUUUUCAAAAGGUGACCUUGUGUUUGGACUUCGCGACCGGGAAGGCACCAACUCCGUCUAAGAAGUGUUGUGACGCUAUUGAAGAUAUAAAAGAGAAAGAUCCAAAGUGUUUGUGUUACGUGAUACAACAAGCCAAGACAGGAGGACAAGCUUUGAAGGAUCUUGGUGUUCAAGAAGCCAAACUUAUUCAACUUCCAACGGCUUGUCAGCUCCGCAACGCUAGCAUCUCCAAUUGUCCAAAGCUUCUUGGGAUUUCGCCGAGCUCCCCAGACGCAGCCGUAUUCACAAGCAAUGCCACAACAAUAACACCGGAGGCACCGGCAGGGAAGUCUCCGGCAACUCCAGCGACGUCUAGUGAGAAAGGAGGAUCAGCUUCUAUAAGAGAUGGUCACGCCGUUGUGGCUCUAGCCAUCACUUUGAUUACCGUUUCCUUCGUCUCGACCUUGCUAUGAUGGCUUUGGCUUAGACUGUAAACAUAUGGUGCUUUUGUUUCAAACGUUCAAGACUUUCUUUUCAUGUAUGUUUCGUGCUUCGAACCAUUUGUUUUAAUGAGUAACUUUCCCACGUUAUUGGAUCUGUUUUCGCACAUAACGUUAUGUUAUAUUAAUUUGAGCUUUCACAUGCUA